CUACUGGACACGGUCUUAUAGGUGUAAACUUUCCUACCCCCAGAGUACACGGUCCUUCACUGUUGGUCAAAAUGGUUCGCGCUGCAAUAAUUUACUGCAUCACUCUGAGUUUAGUCUGCACUUGCUGGACAUUCUCCCUCAGAAACAUUAAGUCUGACAAGGAGGUUCUUCUGAGAGAAUUGGUUGAUGACCUGAAAGACGAGGAAAAACGCUCUGACCAUGCCCAUGGCAUCGUCUUCUUUUUUGGAGAUCUGAAUCGUGACGGCGCUUUGACUGAGGUGGAGCUGAGGAGACUGUUCUCGGGCAAUGUGUUCGCCGCUCACCUCGAGGACCUCAUUCGUGUUCUAUUGUCACGUGACCUCGACAACAGCCAAUCUCUAGAUGUUCAUGAAUGGGAAGACAUCGAAUCCAUGUCCAGGGGAGAACUGGCGCUGAUGCUGCUGUCCAUGGGCUGACAGACCACUUGUAUUUACCUGCACAGCACUUGAAAGGUCACUUACCUGGAUGCUAUUCAUCACUAAAUUUUAUGUACAAACUUGUAUACUUAUUUUAUCUUGUUAAAUUAAAAAUAUUGAAUUAUG